GAUGAUUAAAAUGAGGGUGAAGCGAGUUGAUUAUUUUAGGAAAGGUCAUAACAAUUGGGGUCAUGUUUUUAUAAUUAAGAUGUUAAAAUUACUUCAGCUACUUAAAUAGAACCUGCCCAUGACACUCAAUUUUCAUUAUCUAAAGAACUGCUCAUUUUUGAAAGGCCAAAGCUUAGUAAUGUUACAAUUCUGCUAACUAACUGUUCUAAUGCUUUUGGUUUUUUUCCCCCUCCUCUCACCUCUCUUCAAAGUGACUGGUAAGUGGGACGACUACACAUCUGCGUUGCCAGCAGAGGGAGUACUGGUUUGGUUUAACCAGUGUUCUUUAAAGCUGGUAAAGCAUUUGUUUGUCCUUAAAUGCAGGAAAAAAAGUGUUUCUACCACGUGAGAUGCGCAGUAAAAUAAAGGAUUUUUAAGUACUGAAGAAAACACUUCAGUCUAAGGUUGCUUCAUAGUUUUUUCAUUAAAUGGGAUGUCUAAGGUUGUAUUUGAUAACUUCAGAAACUGAACCUGUUCUUCAACAACUUCAGCUUUACAGAUUGUAGAUAUUUCCCAAAGAUUCUUAUAAUGUGCAGAAUUAGUGUACUCUGCAUUCGAAUGCUUUAGAAAAACAAGUUUUUUUCAGAUUGAGUGCUUAUAUUUUUUUCCUUUUAUUGCUCUAAACUUUACAGGAAUGGAAAACCAAAGAGUCUUUACAUGUGAAUGGCAUGACUUCGGAGAGGCUGAAGAGGCUCUAUUUGCAGCAUGGAUCGCUUCAGUUUAUCUGUUCACAUGUGGGACAUAGAGCUCCAAGUAAACGUUCAUCAUAUGAACUGUAACAAUAAGCUUUUUCUAGCUAAUCUUUUCUAGGAAAAAGUAAGAGUAAUGCUUUCAAGCCAGGGACUUCCCGUUCCUAUGCACUUGACAAAGAAAACUCUAAUGGAAAUAACCUAGACAUUUUGUGCUUCCUCCAUGCUUCUUCCUCCCAUUAAGUUAAAAGCUAGUCAUCACCAUUUACCCAAGCUAUUACAUGCAGUGCAUCAUUCGCAUGCGGAUGACAGUGUGAUGUAAUCAUUUCAAGUGUAUACACCUUUUGGGUGUGUUGAGGUGCUCAUAACUUGAACAUGCUGUUCUCUCUCCACGCCUUAGUUUUUUUUUUUAGUAGCCCUUAUGAAAUAUUCCUUCUUUAGUAGGGCAUACAGACUUUACUGGCAUACUUGUAUGCUUAUGCUUUGCUUGCAGACACAAUAUUAAAAUCAUUUGAUAUUACAUACUUAGUACUCUCUAGUGCUAUACUUAGCUCUGCAUGUUCACAAUAAAUUCAUAAUAAAUUGCCCUUCCUUUUAACUGAUUGGAAUAGAUAAGUCUUAGAUGUUUCUACAAGUUAUCAGACUUACUAAACUAGUUGUUAAUUCAUUGCUUCCGAGAUUUAUGUUGAAAAAAAAUAGGAAUAAGAAUAAAGUGAAGACAUGUCCACAAUCAAGCUUUAAAUGCAAUGCUAAAUACUGGCUUAAAUAUGUUAAAUUCUUAAUUUUGUAAGGCAUGGAACUUUGCUCUGGGGACUCUUGUAAUUGUUGGACAAAAACUGCUUGGGGAUAGAGGUCUUUUUCAAUAUGGGAAGAUUUUAUCUCCUGGUUUCUAAAGCAGGUGUUUUUGGGAGGCUUGGGGGCAGGGAUGCUCUGUGUUUGGGGCAACAUAUCCAUUAGAAUUUUUGUGCAAGGUGACUGGAUUGACUGGUUGUUCAAGUCAGCAAAUGUUUGUGUUCUCCACAUGCAGCCUGAUACAAUUGGAAAUAUACAGACAGCAUAUACAUCUGAAUUUUAGUUCCUAUAGUUGGGAAUUCGGAUAUUCCCAUUUAAUUUAGUUCUCAUCUGUUUGUUUCUUUAGAUUCACUGUGUGUGGUUUGGUUUUGUUUGUAUUUUAAAGUAUUGGAAAACAGAUUUUUGCAAGCUGUUUGUGUGUUUGGAAUUAUUUUCUAUGAUGCUUUGUGCCUUCUUUAUUUUUCUAACCCAAACUGGUGAUAGCAGGUGCCUAGACUCCUUCCUGUUAGGGAUAACAAACACCAGGACUGUCACUCAAAUAUGUUUAAGGUGGUAAGUCAUUUGAUACCAAUGCUGCUUCUUUUCUAAUUAGAUCAAUAUAAUUGAUAAAUAGGUGGUGUGAAUGUUUUCCUAUGUAGUCAACACCUGUGAGAUGAGUUAGUUGGUCAUUAAUUAGACAAAAGCAGACAGUUGAAUAGAUGGCUCGCUGGGAACUAAUGAAAUGCUGAGUGGGGAGCUGCACAGAGCUAGUGAAUGGAAAGUGUUUGGGUUACCUGGCUUUGCCUGGCAUUUGGCCUGUCUGUAUCUUGGUGUUUAGAGACUAUCCCUUAAUCCUGUUAUGGUUUAGAGCAUGAACUAUUGCUGACCUAGGCCACCUGUAUCAUAUUAUUGAGAGCUUUUCUUCCAUUUUUUUCCUAUUCUAUCUGAUUUUAAAAAGAUAUCCGUAGAUGUUUAGUUUUGUUUCAAAUCUAAGGCAGCCAAAAUCUAAACCCUUUUUCUGUAAUAAUUUCUAUAACCCAUAUAUUAAAAUAAAAACUUUUAGCCUAAAAAUUUCUUUACUAAGCUGGUAAAGCAAAACAUGGUUGGAAAUAGAAUGCCCUUUCUCAUUUUACUUCCUUUGCCUUUCAAAUUGUAAAACUUAUUUUAAGGAAAAGAAAUAGGAACUUUUAUAAGAGAACUGUUGAAAUGCUUAUAUUUGGUCUCAGAAAAGUGAACAUCCUGUAGCAGGAUCUAUCUAAUUUCUCUUUUUAACUCAUGUAGUCACUGUUCUUAAAUAAAGGUGACAAUAUGAAAUACUAAGUACUCAUAGCUAUCUUUAAAAUCCUCCUUCCUGGGGAUGUUGUGGUUAGAAUGGAUAAUGCUCUGAGAAAAUCAAGCAGAACCAAUGCAUAAAACCCCUACUGUAUCUACCUCUGCUAGAAGACAUGCAGUUAUCUCCGUGAUUUCUCUCAUAAUAAGGAAUGAGGUCAUCUUGAUCUCAAUCUCAUCAUAGUAUUCAUCCAUGCUUUCCCUGUUCUUAUCAAGUACUAUACACUGUCUCUGCACUAAAAAUAUUUGCAUUUAUUGGAUUUCUUUACUCUGCCGAAUAUAACUAUUCAAAUUACUUUUGUAUAUUGAAACUGCAGUCAGAUGACACUACAAGAUCUGAGGGAAGCUGAACAGCAAAAGCAUUUCUGGAAUUUGUAAGUCAGGUUCCCAUGGUGAUUGGUGUGGCGUAAUAGCCUAGAUUAGAGCUUACUAAAAUGAAUAAUAAAAUUUGUAAUGGGGUGGGUAUUGUGUGAGCAGUCACCAUUCAAAUUUUCCCACAGAUUCCUGCUGGCAUGAUGCUCAUGUUUGCUUACAGGAUUGGGAACAGCAAAAGUAUUCAGAAAUGCUAAUUUACAUUGGGGGGGGGGGGGGAAGAAUCUCUGCAAAAUUCUGUGGUUAGCAUCUUAAGGAGGUUUACAUUUCUAACUUAUAUUUUUAUAAUCUAAUUGAUAGUGCUUAAAAUGUCAUCAAAAGAGCAGUGGCUGAGAAUCUAGAAGAUAACUGAAAGACAUGGUAGGUGCUAAGAAAAAUUGUUUGCUGCACGCUCAGAAAGGCAGGAUAGCUGAAAAAAUAAGAGGAUGAAAAAGCUCUACUAUAUUUUUCUCACAAGUAUUUGUAAUUGCUAUGGAAGUCUGUAGUAUCCUCAUUUUGUACCACAGUUGUAUUGCUUCUGGUAAUUAAAUGCCACUGAAUCUUGCUGUUCUUUUUAAGAACAUAUUGUAGCUCUGAAAGUCAUAUUUAAAGUGGUGGGAGAGGACAAAUGAGGAAUUAGUCUCAGUCCUUGAAGAAGGGUACAAACAGGAUGAAUUUAAUAAUAUGGUAAUUAAUAUUGUAAGUGACAAUUGACACUUCCUAAAGUUUACUUAGCUAUUAGCAGCAGAUAGAAGGUUUUCGCAACGUAAUAUUUAUCUGUCAUCCAGUGACUGAACAGAAGUUGAUUCACCCUUUGUUUAGAAACUCUGCACUCUCAAUAGGGAUAAAACUUUCUGAUUUGCUUCAUCUUUUGUUCUUAAUGUAUGUGGUAUCUUCUUUAAUAGGAAAUGGUUUCUCAAAUUAUCUGUAAAACGAAACAUUUAUAGUCGAGGUGACUCUUACUGUUGUCAAAUCAACUUAAGGACCUUGGAUAAGCAUGCAGAAAAAGUUCUUAAAAUACUGUUUUCUGUUGUUCUACCAAACAUGGGUAAAACAAAUAAUGUAGAACUGGAACUGGAUGCAUAUUUGUCCUGUGUAGAACACCAACAAAGAACAUAGACUUGCACGGCUUUUUUGUGACUGCUAUCCUAGGAAAGGAAAGCGGUAAGUAUGUUGGGAAUAAAAACAAUUUUGUAGCCUUUCAGCCCAUUAAGCUGUGAAAAUAAUUCCUAGUCUGCAACAAUUUUUUAGAUCUCGCUUCUUAGGGAUAAAACUACAUGAAUACAUCAGUCAAAGUGCUGCAGAGAAAAAAGGUGUGAACUAGGUUUCAGUGUAGGAAUUGCCAAAUGUAAAUGGUGAAGAGAUCAUUCAGAGGAAGAAGAAAGUCCUGUACUCAAAAUCUUCAUACUUGAAUAUGUCUCACUGACUAUGGUAUGUUCAAUUUAUAGAUAGAAACUUUUGACCUGUGCAACUUGAUUCUAAGUUCCUGCUGUAGAAAUGGGACCUUUUUUAGCUUUAGUUUUCCCAGGAGGUGAAGAAAGAUACUUACAUGUUUGAAACGUAUUUCAUUCAUAAUUUUAGCAUUGUUGUUACAUUCUGCUUGUACUUCAAUAAAGUUCUGAAAGGGCAGCACAAAGCUGCACCUUAGUUUUCUAUCUUUGAUAGUAAAUUGACUUCUAGUUGCUGUGCUUUAUACUAAUUACAGCUGUCUAGUAUUGCUUAACAAAAUGUUGUGCAUUACACUGCAUUGCACUCCUGAAAUCUACUUACCUGGUAUUAAAUUAUCUGAAACAAAAACCAAAUUAACAAAGGAUGAUGGAAAACAUCACAUCAAUACAGAGAGCUCAAAUCUGUGAUACCAGAACACAAGUGCAAAGAUCCUCAACUGUGGCUGAGAGCUUGAGAGGACAAUAGGUAUUUUGUACAAGCGUUCUGUAAAGUUAUUUUUUCAGUUUUAAACUGAAUUACAUUGUAUGUGUUAAGGGUUUAUUCCCAUAGCUAGGGGCUGUAGGGUCUGUUCCUUGCUGUAAGCAGUAAAUUGCUGGCUCUGUGCUUCUAAAUACAAUCUCAUAUUUAAAUCUUGAAGUUUCUUGUUCAGUGGAACUUUUAACAAAUUUUGCAGAGGGGAAGAAGAGUGGCUCUGUGCAGGGGUUUUAAGUAUCAGUUUCAACAUCUAAUGGCCACAGUAAGAGCUUCCACUUAACACUUAGGAAGUGAAAUACCAACACACAUUGCUAAAUGCUGGUCUAGUUGCAAGCUAUUAUUCUGGGCCCUGCGUCACACCGUUUUGUGCUUUACCAUGCUGGAUGAAUGCCAGAGAAUGAUGCCACGUUGAAUCACAAACUGCAAUUGGGCUCCAGUGCUGGAAUUGCUUUCUCAUCACCCUUUUGUUUAAACAGGAUCGCACAAGAACCAAACGUACGGGACUGGAACAGGUUUGCUUUGUGAUGAAUUCAGCAGAGCCAACGCUGUGUGCGAGAGCAGGGAAGUGGAGCAGAGCUCUUUGAUUCAGCCUCGAGAACUGCUAUUAAAUCCUUGCCGAUGGGGUGGAGCCGCUCCUCAGCCAUUUCAGCAUCACCAACGGGAGAACGGUGUUCCACAAGCACAGUGCCGACUCAGACGGAGAGAGAGAAGGCAUUAUAACAGGAAUUAUAACACUUCUGGGCCUGAGGACAAAAGGAAAAUGGAGAAAAGCGGCACACGUUGAAGUUGCUCGUCCAUAGAGCUGUGUGAAGCCGAGGGAUCGCGUCUGCUCUCCCCACCCUUUUUCCUCCCCUCGUCCAUCGACUCUCUGCCCCAAGGGAAGGGCACUGCCCCGGGGCGAACAAAGCGGGGGCAGAGACAAAGGCGGCGGGAGGAGAGGACGGGGACCGAGAGAGGAGGGGAAAAGCGGCGCCGGAGCGCGGCAGGGGGAGCGGUUCCCGCUGCUGCUGCAGUCCCCGCCUCGCGGAGCCUCGGGCCCGGCAGACGUUGUCCGCCCGCCCCGCCCCGCCUCCCGCCCGCCGAGCUGAGCCGGGAGCGGCGCCGCAGAGGGGCAGAGGAGGCGGCGGAGGGGAAGCGGAGGCGGCGGCGCGGAGGCAGCGGUUUACCCUAGAAUUGGAAGACAGAAACAAUUAUAUUGUAUCCAUGUUGGGAAAGAGGUAGUUGCUGUAGUCAAAGAGGGUUAACACUGGUAUCACAGAAAAAUGAGUAUGUUAAAACCGAGUGGACUUAAGGCUCCAUCAAAGACCAUCAAGCAUGGAAGUACGUUACCGAAAGCACCUGCAUCUGUUGCAACUGCUCCAGCAGAAAAGGCACCUUCCAGUGAAAAGUCCUCAAGCACAACCACUGCAGACGCACACGACGACUUUGUGGAUGAUUUCAGAGUUGGAGAGCGUGUUUGGGUCAAUGGAAAUAAACCUGGCUUUAUUCAGUUCCUUGGUGAAACACAGUUUGCUCCAGGACAGUGGGCAGGGAUUGUUCUAGACGAACCAAUCGGUAAAAACGAUGGCUCUGUGGCUGGAGUUCGCUAUUUCCAGUGUGAACCCUUGAGGGGAAUAUUUACAAGACCAUCAAAAUUGUCAAGAAAAGUGCUGACAGAAGAUGAAGCCAAUGGUACUCAGACAGCUCAUGCAUCUAGAGCUACAUCACCAACCUCCACAUCAACUGCCAGUGCGGUGUCCGCGUCCCCUGCUGCACUUCCCCCAACAGGAAUUCCACACAAAACAUCACCACUUGCUGCUAAAGAACAUUCUACUCCUUCUCAGUUUAGCAAUCUUUCAAAAACUGCAAGUGGAUCUGUGUCAAAUCUGUCUGAAGCUGGAUCACUAAAGAAAGGAGAAAGGGAGCUCAAAAUUGGAGAUCGAGUUCUGGUGGGUGGAACAAAAGCUGGAGUUGUGCGUUUCUUGGGGGAAACCGACUUUGCUAAAGGAGAAUGGUGUGGAGUAGAGCUGGAUGAACCUCUGGGAAAGAAUGAUGGAGCUGUUGCUGGAACAAGGUACUUUCAGUGUCAGCCAAAAUAUGGUUUGUUUGCUCCUGUGCACAAAGUUACAAAGAUUGGAUUCCCAUCUACUACACCAGCAAAAGCAAAGACAACGGUGCGAAAAGUGGUUGCGACUCCUGCAGCCCUGAAACGAAGCCCAAGUGCAUCUUCCCUGAGCUCUCUCAGUUCUGUUGCAUCUUCAGUAAGCAGCAAGCCAAGCCGUACAGGACUAUUGACAGAAACAUCCUCCCGGUAUGCAAGAAAGAUUUCUGGUACCACAGCCCUGCAGGAGGCACUGAAGGAGAAGCAGCAACAUAUUGAACAGCUCCUGGCAGAAAGGGACCUGGAGAGGGCAGAAGUUGCAAAAGCAACCAGUCACGUGGGGGAAAUAGAGCAGGAAUUAGCACUCGUUCGAGAUGGACACGACCGGCAUGUACUGGAGAUGGAAGCAAAAAUGGACCAGCUGCGAGCUAUGGUGGAGGCUGCUGAUAGGGAGAAAGUGGAGCUUCUCAAUCAGCUCGAGGAAGAGAAAAGGAAGGUUGAAGAUCUUCAGUUCCGAGUGGAAGAAGAAUCCAUUACCAAAGGAGACCUAGAGACGCAGACCAAACUGGAGCAUGCCCGCAUUAAGGAGCUUGAACAGAGCCUGCUCUUUGAAAAGACCAAAGCUGACAAACUCCAGAGGGAGUUAGAAGACACUAGGGUGGCUACAGUAUCAGAAAAAUCUCGCAUCAUGGAACUAGAAAGAGAUCUAGCAUUGCGGGUGAAGGAAGUAGCUGAGCUUCGAGGGAGAUUAGAGUCUAGUAAACACAUUGAUGAUGUGGAUACUUCUCUUUCAUUGUUACAAGAAAUAAGUACUUUGCAAGAAAAAAUGGCAGCAGCUGGCAAAGAGCAUCAGCGCGAGAUGAGCUCUCUGAAAGAGAAGUUUGAAAGCAGUGAAGAAGCGCUGCGAAAAGAGAUCAAAACACUUUCAGCUUCAAAUGAGAGAAUGGGAAAAGAAAACGAGUCAUUGAAAACUAAGCUUGAUCAUGCCAACAAAGAGAAUUCAGAUGUAAUAGAACUGUGGAAAUCGAAGCUGGAAUCUGCAAUUGCUUCCCAUCAGCAAGCAAUGGAAGAACUGAAAGUUUCAUUCAGCAAAGGUGUAGGGGCUCAGACAGCAGAAUUUGCAGAGUUAAAAACUCAGAUGGAGAAGCUUAAAUUAGACUACGAAAAUGAAAUGUCGAAUUUAAAACUGAAGCAGGAAAAUGAAAAAUCUCAUCAUUUAAAGGAGAUUGAAGCUCUGAAGGCAAAAUUGCAGGCGGUCACAGAGGAGAAAGAACAAACCCUGGAAAACCUGAAGACCAAACUGGAAAGUGUGGAAGAUCAGCAUCUGGUAGAAAUGGAAGACACUUUAAACAAAUUACAGGAAGCUGAAAUAAAGGUAAAGGAGCUAGAUGUACUGCAAGCCAAGUGCAAUGAACAAACCAAACUUAUUGGUAGUCUUACACAACAGAUCAAAGCUUCUGAAGAAAAGCUUUUGGACCUUGCUGCACUUCAGAAAGCCAAUUCUGAAGGUAAAUUGGAAAUCCAGAAACUUAGCGAGCAGCUUGAGGCAGCUGAGAAACAGAUACAGAAUUUAGAGACUGAAAAGGUUGAUGGAAGUAGCAAGGCUAGUAAUCUGGCCAAAGAACUGCAGGGCAAAGAGCAAAAGCUUCUUGACCUUGAGAAAAACUUGAGUGCAGUAAAUCAAGUUAAAGAUUCUUUGGAAAAGGAACUUCAACUUUUGAAAGAAAAAUUUACUAGUGCAGCUGAUGGAGCAGAAAACGCUCAACGCGCUAUGCAAGAAACAAUACAAAAACUAAACCAAAAAGAAGAACAGUUUGCACUCAUGUCUUCAGAACUGGAACAACUGAAGUCUAAUUUGACUGUGAUGGAGACUAAACUGAAGGAGAGAGAAGAGAAAGAACAGCAACUGACUGAAGCUAAAGCCAAACUAGAAAAUGAUAUUGCAGAGAUCAUGAAGUCAUCAGGAGACAGCUCUGCCCAGCUUAUGAAAAUGAACGACGAGCUACGGUUAAAAGAAAGGCAGUUGGAGCAAAUACAACUUGAGCUUACAAAAGCAAAUGAAAAGGCUGUUCAGCUUCAGAAAAAUGUGGAACAGACAGCACAGAAAGCUGAGCAGAGUCAGCAAGAAACUCUCAAGACUCAUCAAGAAGAGCUGAAAAAAAUGCAGGAUCAACUAAUGGACAUGAAAAAGCAAAUGGAGACCAGUGAAAAUCAGUAUAAGGAUCUUCAGGCAAAGUAUGAAAAAGAAACUUCUGAGAUGAUCACCAAACACGAUGCAGAUAUCAAAGGGUUUAAGCAGAACUUGUUGGAUGCAGAAGAGGCACUGAAAACUGCACAAAAGAAAAAUGAUGAGUUGGAAACACAGGCUGAGGAGCUGAAAAAGCAAGCAGAACAGGCUAAAUCCUUGAGCUCUGUGUUAGCAUCAGCCAGAAAAGAGAUUGAACUAAUGUCAGACAAGAUGAGGGAUUUAAUAUCAGAAAAAGAGACACUGGCACAGGAGAGGAAUACUCUAAAAUUAGAGAAAGAGUCAUUGUUAUCACAGCAUCUAGAGAUGGAGUCAAAGAUUUUGUUAGUUGAGAAAGACGGAGAAGAGCUUUGGACAAAAAAUGAAGAGCUUAAUUCAGAAAAUAAAAAAAUUCUAAAGCAGAAAGAAGAAGCUGAGGCCAAAAGUCGUCAGGAAAGCACAGAAAAGGUAGCACUGAUUUCUGAGAAAAGCAGAUUGCUCUCUGAAAUAGAGACUGCACAGGCAGAUCUUCUAAAGGUAACUCAAGAAAAUGAUGCUCUCCGGUCUUCAGAGUCAGCCUUGCUCCAGCAGUUGAAAGAACUACAGGCCAACAAAGAUUCUAUGGAUGUGGCAUGUCAGAAACAUAUCAAGGAACAGGAGGAACUGCAGCGUUAUCAGAAGAAGCUUUUGGAAGAGAAUGAUGCAGUCAUUAAAGACAAAGAUGAUGUAAUUCAGAAACUGCAAAGUUCUUAUGAUGACUUGGCUAGAAAUCAAAAAGAGCUACUACAAGAAGUGUCAACUCUGACUGCAGAGAGAGAUUCAGCCCAAGAAAAAUACUGGGAUCUUAAAAGUACACACACAGCCUUAAAAACCCAAAUUGACUGCCUGCUGCAGACAAACCAGAGUCUGCAGUCUGAGAAGGAGAUGCUCCUUAAAAGCAGAGAAGAGCUGUGUGUGAGUUUGGCCAAUACUGUUAGUGAAAAACAGGCAAUAAAAGUGAGAAGAGAUGAGAUGCAAACAGAACUAGAGACUGAACAUGAGAAACUUGAAAAGAUGACAAAAGACAAUAUGGAGCUGAAGGCUUCCCUUUCUAAGCUCUCUAGUUUUCUUGAGGAAAUGAAAUCCUCAAGAGAGACAUCUAACUCUGAACGUAUUUAUUUGCUUCAAGAGGCUCUUUCUGCAUCAGAACAAAGGCUCCUGGCUGAAAGGGAGAAACUUCUAAAUGAAAAUAAGGCAGUUACUGAAAAGCUCGCUAAGGCCACAGCAGAUGCUGUGCUUGCUGAGAGAGCCUUCACCGAGAAGAUAAAUGAAUUGAACUUGGAAAAGGAAUCUGUUUUUUCUAAGUCACUGCAAUUUGAGAAGCACAAUGAAGCUCUUCUGCGAGAGAAGGAUGAGUUGGAGAGAAAAUACUUUGAGCUUGUUGAUGAGAAGAAGUCUCUUGAAAAUGCUGUUUCUGGUAUGAAGAGAGAACAGGAGCUGGAUUUCUCAGCCAACAGUGUUCUGGUCCAAGAGAAUACCACACUCAAGGUUUCAAUUGAAGCUCUCGAGGAAGAACUAAAGGAGAAGAAUCUAGAAAAUCAAGAGCUGAUAGCCUGUAAAAGUGACCUUUCAGAUCUUCUGAAGGAGGCCCAGGAUGCCAGAAGAACAUUGGAAAACGAACUGGCUGCUGUGUCACUUGCCAAGCAGGUCCUGUCAUCUUCAUUCAGUUCCUCUGAUAUAGAAAUACUGAACAGAGAGAGGACGGAAUUACAAGAUAAAUGCCAGAAAUUAACUGAUGAGGUUGAGAAUAUGAAAGAAAACUUAACCGUAGAAAAGAAAGCUAGAAUAUUGGAUAAGGAAUCCUUUUUGUUGGAAUGUGCGGAGCUACAAAACAACAUCAGUUUCUUAGAGAAGGAGAUGGAAGUGAUGAGAGAGAAAAAUAAAGAAUUUCUGACUGAGAAAGAGCUUUUGGUUCAGGAAAAAGAAAAAUCUGAAGCUAAACUGGAGGAAGUAAUUAAAGAAAAAAAGGUUCUCUGUACAGAAACAGAGCAGCUGGCGUCCAAAAUUGAGCAACUGAAGAGUGACUUUACUUCCCUGUCUGUAUCAAAAGCAGAGCUUGAGGACAUGCACAGCUUUGUCUCCGUGAUGCUAGAUGAACUUCAGCACAAAUAUGAGGCAACAGAGAAGGAGAAAAUGGAGUUAGUUCAGGAAAAUGAAAGUCUGCAUGCUGAGUGGAAGAGCCUGGUCAUCAUUAAUGAAGAAAUAAUAAAAGAGAAGGAGAAAUUGUCCAAGGAAUAUUGCAAACUGCGUGAGAAAGUAGUGGAACUUCUAGAGCAAACUGAUGCAGACUUCUCCUGCAGACUGCUGUACUCUGAGGAAAAACAUAAGCUGCUGCUGGAGGAGAUGAGCAAUCUGGCUUUGAAACUAAGAGAAAUAGAGACUCUCCAGGCCCAAACAUUUAUGCAAAAAAUUGAGGCUGACAAAAGAGCAGAAGAAGUUUUACAGACCAUGGAGAAGGUGACCAAAGAGAAGGAUGCCAUUCACCAAGAAAAGAUUGAAACUUUGGCAUCUUUGGAGAACUCGAGACAGACAAACGAGAAGCUGCAGAAUGAAUUGGACAUGCUUAAGCAAAACAACUUGAAAAAUGAAGAGGAACUCACUAAAUCAAAGGAGCUCCUGAACCUGGAGAACAGGAAAGUGGAAGAACUUAAAAAAGAAUUCGAAGCGCUGAAGCUGGCAGCUGCUCAGAAGUCCCAGCAGCUUGCAGCUUUGCAAGAGGAGAACGUGAAACUUGCCGAGGAGCUGGGCAGAAGCAGGGACGAAGUCACAAGUCAUCAGAAGCUGGAAGAGGAGAGAUCAGUACUCAAUAACCAGUUACUAGAGAUGAAAAAGAGAGAAUCAACAUUAAAAAAAGAAAUUGAUGAAGAGAGAGCAUCUUUACAAAAAUCCAUCAGUGAUACUAGUGCCUUGAUCACACAGAAAGAUGAAGAACUGGAAAAACUCAGAAAUGAGAUCACGGUGCUCCGUGGAGAAAAUGCUUCUGCAAAAACCUUACAGUCAGUGGUUAAGUCACUGGAGUCUGAUAAGUUGAAACUUGAGGAAAAGGUGAAGAAUUUGGAGCAAAAACUCAAGGCAAAAAGCGAACAGCCAUUAACUGUAACUAGUCCCUCAGGUGAUAUUGCUGCUAAUCUACUUCAAGAUGAAAGUGCAGAAGAUAAACAGCAAGAGAUUGACUUCCUGAAUUCAGUGAUAGUAGAUCUGCAAAGGAGAAAUGAAGAAUUGAACUUGAAAAUACAAAGAAUGUGUGAAGCAGCCCUCAAUGGCAAUGAAGAGGAGACAAUCAACUAUGACAGUGAGGAAGAAGGCCUGUCCAAGAAGACGCCUCGCCUCUUCUGCGACAUCUGCGGCUGCUUUGAUCUCCACGACACCGAGGACUGCCCGACCCAGGCGCAGAUGCUGGAGGAGCCUCCACACUCCACGUACCACGGCAGCAGGCGGGAGGAGCGGCCCUACUGCGACACCUGCGAGAUGUUUGGGCACUGGACAGCUGACUGCAAUGACGAUGAGACCUUCUGACACAGCACGCGGCCAGGGCCGGCCUGUCUGCGUGCCCAUCGGACACUUUACACAACCAGCAUUUCUGUGUGCUGAAUGUCAGGACAAGGGAUGGUGUUUCUUGACCCCCUCGCUCCCUUUCCCUUUGCCCAUCCACUUUAGAGUCAGUAAAUGGAUAAAUAUUUUCCUCCUCCACUAAUAAGUACCCCGUUUCCCUUUAUUAAACUUAAGUGAGGUAUAAAUAAAUGAUUUAAUGGAUGACUUUAUGCUGUUUCUUCCCAGGCUCUGGGUUUGUUUCAGCUCUAACACGUCGUGCCCCUGUGCUGUUGGAUCUGUUGGUGGGAAAACAUGUAUAGGAACAAAGCACUAUAGUUAUAUUAAAGCUUAUUUAAAUACCUUAAAAUUAUGCUGUUAAUUUUCAUAUUUGCACUAAACCAUUUUAAGGCUGCAUUUGUACAUUUAGAUUUUUAAGCUUUUUUUGACACUGGACUGGGUUGAGAACUAUGUUGUGUUAAUUUUCAUUUCCUCGUUUGCUUGCAGUUUGUGCCCCUGGCCUCCAGCUCUGCCUCUGGCCCGGAGGGCUGCAGUACAAUGCCUUGGGUGUGCAGUACAAACCUCGGGGUAAGGCGCUGCUGUGGGCUUUUUAGAAACCCAUCUGCUGCGUGCACCUGAAACAGUUUGAGGCAUGCCUUUUUUUUUUUUU